GGCGCUGUUUCACAUAACCGUCAGUGUUCAGCCACACCAAAAUAAACAGGAGAGGAAGGAGCCUAACGCGACAUUGCUGCAAUGGACAAGAGACCCGAAGCAGUUACUUUGGAGCAUUACAAGGCAGCCAUGGUGCUGAGUGGUGCUGGUGAUGCUCUGGGCUACAGAAAUGGGAGCUGGGAGUUCAAUUUUUCUGGACCGGACAUUCACUCGGAGCUGCAGAAGCUCGGUGGUUUGGAAAAAAUCAAGGUGACUCUCCCUGAGUGGCCACUGAGUGACGACACAGUUCUGCAUCUUGCAACGGCUGAAGCUCUGGUAACCGACAAGACAGGGGAGGAGCUUCUGCAUGAGGUGGCUUUUCAUUAUGUGAAGGGGAUGAAAGACAUGAACGGGAGGGCACCUGGAAACACAACCAUGUUUAGUGUUCACAAGCUGAGGCCUGGGAAGGAAGAGGGCUACAGGGUGCCAUAUAACCCCAGGGGUGCAGGCUGUGGAGCAGCCAUGAGGUCCAUGUGCAUCGGUCUAAGGUACCCAAAGCCUGAACAGCUGUCGUCUCUUGUGCAUGUUGCCGUGGAGACGGGCAGGAUGACCCAUCAUCACCCCAUCGGCUACUUGGGAUCUGUUGCUUCUGCUCUUUUCGCCUCAUACGCCAUCCAGCGGCGGCCAGUCGCCUCCUGGGGUCUGGGCCUGAUCAAAGAGGCCUGUCCCAUAGCAAAGCAGGUUGUUACCGACAGCGGCUUCGCCGUGGAGGAGAACAUGAAGGAAUGGGACACCUUUACUGAGAAGUGGCAGCGGUACCUGGAUGAGAGGGGGCUCUCUAACGGAGAGGGGCCUGUGAUCUGGCCCUCCCCCUAUGGAGUUGCUGAGAGGGACAAGGCCUAUAAGAGCUUCAGCCUGUCUGGAUGGGGGGGGAGCUGUGGCCAUGACGCUCCGAUGAUAGCUUUAGACGCUUUGCUGGGCGCUGGUUCAGACUGGGAGGAGCUGAUGAACAGAGCUGCUUUCCAUGGAGGCGACAGCGACAGCACUGCAGUGAUCGCCUGCUGCUGUUGGGGGCUUCUUUACGGCACCGAGGGGGUUCCUAAAUGCAACUAUUCCAAGUUGGAGUACCGGGCUCGGCUGGAGCGCUCUGCUGAACAGCUCUACGCUCUGUCUCACUAAAAACAUGGCCUGUAUGGUCCAACUAUAUAUUCGGUGCCUUAAAAAAAACAAUUAAUGAAUGAUGUUAUAAAAGGCAUAUUUAGGCUGUAAUAGUGGGAAUGGGUGCUUAGAGAGGUUUAGAAAUAUGAAUUUAGUAUUGAUGCUAUUUGAAUGCAGCGGUUGAUUUACGGUCUUUCAUUGUUAUAAAUUGAGCCCCAAGCUAAAAGUUUGGGAACCACAGCCUUAGUGUUAAUUUGCGCACACAUAGUGAACGACUUAUUCUUAUAUAUUGUAAAAAUAUA